AGUUACCAGAAACCACAAGAGAGAGAGCGAGAACAAACCCCAAAGCAAGCGACAUGUCACUGUGGGGGGCAGUGCCUCUGCACCCCAGAGUGAGGAGGACACAGGGGUCGCAGGUGGCUGUCGGACGGGCAGAGGAGGGACCUGUGGAGUUGGUGGGCUGGUGGCCCGGAGGGCAGUCAGAAAGGGAAGCCACCUGGUGACAAGAGAGCCCAGAGGCAUCUGGGGCUGUGCGCUAGAGCCCGGAAGAUUUCAGCCAUGCCUCACAGCUCCGACAGCAGUGACUCCAGCUUCAGCCGCUCACCUCCCCCGGGCAAACAGGACUCGUCAGAUGACGUGAGAAAAGUUCAGAGAAGGGAGAAAAAUCGCAUUGCUGCCCAGAAGAGCCGACAGAGGCAGACACAGAAAGCAGACACCCUGCACUUGGAGAGUGAAGACCUGGAGAAACAGAACGCUGCUCUGCGCAAGGAGAUCAAGAAGCUCACAGAGGAGAUGAAGUACUUCACGUCGGUGCUGAAUAGCCACGAGCCCCUGUGCUCAGUGCUGGCUACCAGUGUGCCCUCGCCCCCCGAGGUGGUGUAUACCUUCCACCAGCCUCACGUCAGCUCCCCACGCUUUCAGCCCUGAGCCUCCUAACAAAGCAGGAAGAGCAGAGCCCCCACCCUGCUGCCUAGGCAAGCCUCAGGAAGGGCACACAGACUAUGGCCAGGCUGCCCUUGCCCUCUCUCCAUUGGGGCACCUGGAGGCGGAGGCCUGGACAAGGAUUGCACAUAAAGACUGUAGCAAUCAGAGCUGUGUGAGGCCUCCCAGCAGGUGGCAGCCCAUCUGGGGUGUUGCACACCCAUGUGGGUGGGAGGCCCAAGCCAGAGGAUCAAAAAACAUAACGCCCAAGUCCCCCAGCACAGAAGGAGUAGAGGAGGGAAGGGUUAUUUUUCUAAAUAAACAUCGCUAAAAAAAACGCCAGCUUGGCAGGGCCGUUCCUUUUGAAAUCCUAAAUUCUGUGGGGUUGGGGCCUUCAUUUGUUCUUGGCCUCAAGUACCCCUCAGGAGCUCUUGAGACUCUGCUAACACCUCUUUUUCAAGGUUUGUUAAUCUACUCGGGAAGCUGGCUUUUUUCAAUGCAUCUUCAGUCCUCUAGGCAUCUGCUUUAUUUUCCUCCCCAAAUCACCUCCCCACGACUUCCCAUCUUUCAUUCCUUAUUGUCGCAUGCUUCCUAGAUUGGAAACUUCUAGACACGGAGACGAUCCAGUGUAAGAUAUCGUUUAGUGAAAUGGUAAGUGAGUGAAAUGGUAAAUCCUCCCACUCAAACAACUACAUUUAUCCAGCCCUCUGUCUCCACCCCAGCAGCCAACCCUUGAAGAUGUCGGGUGCCAGACACUGUGCAAGGUAGCCUAGGAACACAGUGGCAACCCCUCACACUUAAGGUAGGGCUUUCCUAAUGCUCGCAAAGGGCAACACUUAGCUCAGAUCCACAGGGACUUUCCUGCCAUAGGGUCUACAUGUCCCGCUGAAGACUCGGCCUCCCUCGGGAAGCAGCGAUGGAGCACUUUGCCUGUCUCUACAAGGCUCUGCAGAAACACCGGUGGCAUAGUAGUUAAGUGCUGUGGCUGCUAACCAAAAGGUCGGUAGUUCAAAUCCACCAGGUGCUCCUUGGAAAUUCUAUGGGGCACUUCUACUCUGUCCUAUAGGGUUGCUAUGAGUUGGAAUCAACAUGACUGCUUUCGUUUGGUUUUUUGAUACAGGGCUCUGCAGGCUGCCAUUUUGAGUCUACUUGAGUGCUGUAUUGGCUCAAGGUAACACAAGGUUGUCUUCAGUUAGGGGCCUAACUACAGAAAAUAGUGCCUAGGGCAAUUAAUGUUAAAUUGCUGAAUAACGUCUCACAGCUGGCAUGGAAACCAUGCUGGCCAACAGAAUUUGUUAAUUGGUGCUCUGCCUAAAGCACACCCACAGCAUGCGCCCUACCUGCCCUCCCCCAGUUAGGCCUCUGUCUUAGGGCUUCAAAUACUCCAAUUUUAGAACCUGAAACCAGCGUGCUCCAGUUCCCUGUUCUGAUAUCUAUGGGUGCCUCAGAGAUCCCUGAGCGGAAUCCUGCUGGCUCACUGACACAGUCUUACGCACACAACUAUCUAAGGGUGAUACCCACUUGAGGCCUGCCCACACACACAGGAUGCUGCUGAGCCAGAUGGGGACAAAAGCAACAGAGAUUGCCAUGGGAGGCGUUUGAUUCGACCCCUCAGCACCCAUCCUCAGUCUCAUCCCUUUUUCCUUCAGAAGGAUUGCUAUUGCUGCUGCCUCUCUGCUGGCAGCCAUCGUGGGAUACGGUGACCACAGGGGAGAGGGAGGAAGGAGCAGACUGGCUUCUCUGUAUUGUGGCACCUUCUCAAGCUGCCAGCCAACAGCACUGGUUGGUUUGAGGCUCUGGAUCUCUCAGCACCCAAGUCUUUUUCACCUCUCUGAAAUUAUGCCAGUGUUGGGAUGAUCAUGAUUAUUAAUCUUCGAAUAGGCCUGGAAAAGCUGUGUCCCAGCAUGUGACCACCAACACGAGGGCAUCUGAAGGCAUGUUGCAGCAGUCUGGGCCCUCACCCCUAAAGCCAUGGUUGCCAUGGUGUGGGAACUAGGCUGAGCCCGGUAACUCAGAGCCUGUUGGAGACAGCCCAGCAGACCUUCCCCAAGUACCAGCACUUCUUACAAUGCAGAAACGCAUUUUAGCCUUUGGUCUUCCAACAAAACUUAGGAAAUGGGACAUUUCUUCCAGUACUCAGAUACAGUGUAGAUUGAGGUGUGUGGUAGGGGGUUGCAGCAGGGAGAAUUGGUCUCAUCAAUGUCCUUCAGAGUCUGUUUUUUUUUUUUAACUAAUGUUCUCUCUGGAGUCUCCGGGUGGUGCAAAUAGUCAACGUGACCUACUGCUAAUGCAAAGAUUGAAAGUUCAAGUCCAUCUAGAGGUGCCUCAAAAGAAAGACCUGGCAAUCUACUUCCAAAAAAAUCAGCCAUCGAAAACCAUAGGGAGCAUAGUUCUACUUUGACACACAUGGGGUCACUGUGAAUUGCAAUCAACUCAACGGCAACUGGUAAUGCUCCGUCUAGCUCUUUCCCACCCCUUUGUUAACAGGGCAGAGCAAAGAAGCUAAUCAUCCCUUCAGAUGUUGCAUGCACUGAAUAGAAUUAGUUUUUCUUUCCCAGUUUUAAGUCUCAGAGCUUUGGGUCUUGCUUUCUUUGCAGCUAACUCUGUGGGGUCUGACCCCUUAUGGGAGACCGGGGCAGGUUUUCUUCCAAGCAGGAGUUUUUCUCCCCUCCCCUGCUCUAGCACUGUGAUUUUCCCCCUGAAAGCCCCACAGAAGGCACAUGACUGCUGUGGGGCAUCUUCUGAACGACAUUCAGGGCCAGAACUAGAAACACUGAGCUCACAUGCGCAGUUCCCAUCCCUCGGCAAGGACUUCUCUUCCCCUUUCAUUCUCCACUUCUAAUGACCCCUUGCAGUUCCACUUCUCCUUUCUGAUCAGCCUGGUAGAAGCAGUGAAGGGCUAAACCCAGGACUAGUGGCAAUGCUGACUUCAUCUCAGCAUAGGAAAACCACAGGGCAGCCAUGAGUAGAGAUUUGGACUUCCAAAGCUUUGACCCCAUUAUGCCAUGUAUCUCCCGCCAGCCAGGCUCCUAGCCAAGGCAGGCAUGGCUACCUGGGCUGGUAGGCCAGGAAACCUACCCUUAAAUGCUUUCAGGGCCGAGGCAGGCACUAGGAAUAUAUAAAGCUCACUGGAUGUAGGACAACAGGGAGUGGUGGAGAGGUGGCAAACAGGAGUUAAACGCUUACCUGCCAAAAGUGGGCAGCUACUCCUCAGUUCUAACCCACACUUCCAUGUGGGAAUUCAGGCCCAGAGUUGCCGUAUCCUCCAAUUUGUCAAGAAAAGUGAAAAUCAGAAUUUUUAAAUGAAAUCUCCCAAUUUAUAAAACAAUCAGCUGACUCUAUAUAUAUAUGUGUGUGUGUGUGUGUGUGUUUGGGAUCAAGUCUGUCCCGAACAUUUGGAAGGCCUGGGGCAGGCAUACAAAUAGAAGCCACAUAAAGCCAAAAGCCAAACAUGUUGCCGUCGAGUUGAUUCUGAUUCACAGUGACCCUAUAGGACAGAGCAGAACUGCCCCACAGGGUUUCCAAGGAGCGACUGGUGGAUUUGAACUGCCGACCUUUUGAUUAGCAGCCUGAGCACUUAACCACUGCACCACCAGGGCUCCAGAAGCUACACACCACCCCCGCCCCCCGCAAAAAAAAAAAAAAGAAA